GGCGUCGAGCACUUUGGCCUUCCUCUCUUCUCUUACGCGUCGAUUCAAUUGGCGGCACAAUUUUGGAUCAAUAGGUAUCGCGAGGACUGUGGGCAAGCAGACGUGUAGAGGAGCUUCAAACCACAGAGAACAUUUUCAUGCGCUGGAUAGGCCGAGGUCAAGGCAGCGGGGACUAGACGAGAUCAUCGGAAAAGCGAAUCUGGUGCCGGAAAAGCAAGGAUAUCGAUGAUUACAGCACAUUGAAGAUCAGACACCGCCUGCUCAACGGCAUCUGUUCUUCAUUCUCCCCGGAUCUGGAAUUAUGGCGGAUCCUCACAAAUCGCCAUCAGGGCUAGGGACGACGAAGACCACACGUGGACCGGAAAAGUCGUCUGAGGAAAUUGGACACGAAAAAAAUAUAUCGAUCGAACAGAGUGUAAUAAAAGAGCAGGAUACAGUAAUGAAAACACAUGGGAAAGAGCAAGAUGACGAUGACUCGAUUUCAAUAGCACACUCGCAUGCCUCCACUGCCUCUGAACACCCCAAUCACCACUCCUCUCCGCCAGAAAAGAAGUCUCGUCCCAUUACAUUAUCACGCACAAUGUCCGUCACCCCAGACGCCAUCAUCGUUCCACGCUCUCAACGCCGAGGCCUUCUAUCCCGCUUCACACUUAUCCCCGAAGUUACAAACCCAGUGCACUACGCCCGCCGUACCAAAUGGUUUCUAACCUUCAUUGUUGCCUUUUGCGGUAUGGCCGCGCCUAUGGGUAGCGCCAUAGUCAUGCCGGUGCUGCAUGAGAUAUCCACUGCUUUCAAGGCCACACACACUGUGACGAACAUGUCUGUUGCUGUAUAUAUGCUCAGCAUGUCGAUAUUCCCGCUAUGGUGGAGUAGCUUUUCAGAGAGAUUGGGGCGGAGGACUAUUUAUAUCACGAGUUUUAUCCUCUUCGUCCUGUUCGCCAUUCUCUCUGCUGUCUCAACAAAUAUCGCCAUGCUGAUUGUCGUCCGCACACUGUCUGGUGGCGCAGCAGCAUCCGUACAAGCCGUUGGCGCAGGGACAAUAGCAGAUAUCUGGGAAACGAAGGAGAGGGGAAAGGCAAUGGGCCUCUUCUAUCUGGGUCCGCUUUGUGGGCCUCUGUUUGCGCCGAUCUUUGGUGGCGCGUUGGGCGCUGGACUGGGGUGGAGAAGUACGCAGUGGUUCCUCGUCAUCUACGGCGGCGCAACGCUAAUCUUCCUCAUCUUUGCGCUGCCAGAGACGCUGCAUAGGAAGGACAAGAGCAACGCUUCGCCGGUGUCGCGACUCGAGGACCAAGAAGAGCAAGGUGCUGAGAAGACCGGCGAAGCGGCACUGCGCCGAACGACGACUCGAGCUUCGACUGUCCAGAAAACAAAAACGGUCCUCGCGCACCUGCGACAAAUCUUCCUGGACCCCCUCAUCAUAGUAACAUGGCUGCGCUUCCCGCUUGUCCUCCUAACCGUAUACUCGGCUAGCAUCACAUUUGGCUGCCUAUACAUCCUCAACAUCUCCAUCCAAUCCACCUUCUCCGCCGCACCCUACAAAUUCAGUACGCUCAUCAUCGGCCUCCUCUAUAUCCCCAACUCGGCAGGUUAUAUCCUGGGCAGCCUCUUCGGCGGCCGCUGGAUCGACGCCAUUAUGCACCGCGAAGCCCGCAAAGCAGGCCGCUACGACGACCGCGGCAAGCUCAUAUUCCGCCCAGAAGACCGCAUGCGCGAAAACGCCUGGCUUGCUGCUAUCCUAUGGCCCUCCGCCCUCAUUGUGUAUGGUUGGACGGCGGAAAAGGGCGUACAUUGGAUCGUCCCUAUGAUCUCCAACUUCUUCUUCGGUAUAGGGAGUAUGCUGGUUUUUGCGCUCGUGAAUACUAUGUUGACAGAGUUCAUGCCCAAGAGGGCUGCGAGCGGCAUCGCGCUGAAUAAUUUUGUGCGCAACAUUUUCUCCUUCACUGGCGCCGUUGUGGCAGAUCCGAUACUGGAUGGCAUUGGUAAUGGCUGGUUCAUGACAAUAAUAGGGCUGUGGAGUCUUGUUACGGGUUGUCUUGCAAUUUUCGCUAUGAGGAGGUGGGGUGAGAAAUGGCGAGGCGCUAUGGUCGAGGUCUUGGGCUAGUCUUUUGUUGAUUACGGGCAGCCUUAGCAAUGGGCGUUUUGGAGUGGCAUAGCGAGGUUUUCACGAUUGUGAGUAGCGGCAUAUAUAUACUGAAUUUAUUCUAUCUCGUAUGUUAUGGGAUAUUGUCUCACGUAGCGACGGGAUAUUUGCUUCUCGCCCGG